AUGGCGCACUCCCUCAAAGGCCCCUCCCCCCAGGAACACGAUGGCAGCAGCCUGCGCAUCGGCAUCGUGCACGCGCGCUGGAACACCACCAUCAUCGAGCCACUAGUCAAGGGCACCAAGGAGAAGCUCCUGGGCUGCGGCGUCAAAGAAUCCAAUAUCGUCGUGCAGUCGGUACCGGGGUCGUGGGAGCUGCCCAUCGCCGUCCAGCGCAUGUACGCUGCCUCUCAAAUCCAGCAAUCCAGCAGCGGUAGCGCCUCAGCCGGCGACCUGCUCGGCGGCUCGACAACAGACCUAGCCUCGACAGCAGCGACGGCAACUGCGACGCAGCCUUUUGACGCUAUCAUCGCCAUCGGCGUGCUGAUCAAGGGCGAGACCAUGCACUUCGAGUAUAUUGCUGACUCGGUAUCGCACGGCCUAAUGCGCGUCGGCUUGGAUCUGGGCAUCCCCGUCAUCUUUGGUGUUCUAACCGUCCUCGACGACGCCCAGGCCCAGGCCCGCGCGGGCCUUACCUCCGGCAGCCACAACCACGGCGAGGACUGGGGCCUCGCUGCUGUUGAGCUCGGCGUCAAGCGCAGCGCUUGGGCUAGGGGUAAGCUUGAGUAG